AUGUAUCGAUCUUUACAAGAACAAGUCUAUUAUGAAGGUCCAGUUGAACUCGGAUUUGCAGGAGCCAAGCCGCAACUACGGGCCAUGCCAAUCUCAAGUCGGACCGAUAACCCAAAGUUGGUGAUCCGACCAGCGACCGCAGAUUUUGUGAUGGUCACUCCUCGUUACAAGCUCAUUGCUGACAGCUAA